CAUGGAGCGAGGGGCGCGCAUUUGCGGGGACCCUGCAUGGUUCCCAUGGAGGUGUAAGGGCUUCUCGUCCCUUCGUCACCUUCUUCCGAGAACUGUUCUGUGGGAUCGCUGUUCAAGUCGCCUUUUUGUGCGAUUCACGUACUAGAAGUCGUACUGCGGUCUUUCCCAACCUGACACCCUAUCGAGCAUAUGUGGUAGUCGGGAAUGAUGGAAAUUAUAUUCAAAAAUUUUGGAGGGCACUAGCUUGGGGAAGGCUGACUUACUCGAUCUAACCAAAGAGCCAACAUCCUGUUUAUAACAGUGAUCAGCUACAGUUUCUGGGACUCUUAGAACCCCCGCUCCACCGGACUCCCUCCAGAAGUAGAGCCACAUGGCUUCAGCAUGGAGAUUUCACCGCAACUGGUAACCUAUGUGACCCUGUUCUGGUCUGCUUAUUUUAUGUUCCAAGAGCUUUUUGGAAGCUGUUUUUUCAUGAAUGCCUCGGUGUAAAGUGCUAACCGCAAAAUGAAUAGGAAACUGGAUUUUUUAAUAAGGACAGUGAGAAAGUUACAAGCCUGCCAUUAUGCAUGGGGAUCUUCUUCUAGAACUGCAGUGCCUGUGCUUGCAUUUGGAAUCAGUAGACCUGUAAAUGCUGUGAAAAGUAUUUACCCCUGCCAAUUCCUGUGGUAUGUUUCUUCUCCUGGGCAUCAAUCAUUUGUUCGGUUUUUUUCUGAAGAUAUCCUCCCUUGUAAUGUAGAGGAAGCCAAUGCAGAUAAACAGAAGGCUACUAAAGAACUAUUAGAAGAACAUGCGCAGGGCCCUGAACCAGUGCUUAUUAAACCCACCCAACUUCCAUCUGAUUUCUCUGUCUCCCCAAAUGAAGACCAAAGUGCUGUUAAAGAAGAAGUUGAAAUGAGCCCAGACCAACUGUUUUUUAAUGACCUCAGAAAGUGUCUAUCUCCCUGUGACGUACUUGACCUCAUUAAGAAACAUCCAUUCUCUCUGAAACAUAGCAGUAAUUGCAUUGUCAGUAUGUGGAUACUUACAAAAAAACUCUCAGAAGACCAGAGAUUUUAUGAGAGAAAGCUGAUGUUUCAACAUCCUCAGUUUAGUCUACUCUGUCAGCGCUUGAUGAACGAAGCCAAAUACAUGUGGCCUGAUGAUGUGGCACAGAGCAUGCUUGCUGUGGUGAGACUAGGAGUUCCACAGAAUACCCUUUUGGUCCAGACCUUGCUUAGGGUUUGCCAGGAACGUCUCAAUGAAUUCAAUGACCGAAGUCUCUCAGUUGUUGCAAGCACUUUGCAAGUAAUGGAAAAAUGCAAGAAUGUGGAAGCCCUUCAAGCUGGACUACUGUUACUUGUGGAGCAACGAUUGCCAAAAAUCUCAGAUAUUUUUAUUUUGCAAACCAUUUUGAAGUCUGUUGGGAAAGACGCAUCACUGUCCCUUAAGACAAAACUGGAGAAGAAGCUUUUGAAUCAGAUGGAUCGAUUUACUCAUACGAAUACUCAUUUCAUGUUCAAUGUGCUAGCGGAAAUAAAUUUUCGUUCUUCUUCAAUCCUGAAUGCCUGUAGUGACAGAUUUAUAGAGCAUAUCCAUGGGACUUCAUUUUCUCAACUACUGGAAGUUUUGAGAUCUUGCAGAAAACUUGUCUACCGCAAUGUUAAACUUUAUGCUGCAAUUGCCAAUUAUGUAGCAGCCUUCUUUAUGUGGGACACAAAGCAGAUACUCCAGUUUAUUUCGGCCUUUGAGAAUCUUGGCUUUCAACCAAUUGAUCUGAUGGAUAAGUUUGCUGAGAAAGUGAUAUCUCAUCCUGGAUCCUUGUCUAUGAAGGAGAUUAUCUCUGUUCUGCGGUUCUACUCUUUUCUCAAUCACAUCCCCAAAGGUCAACAUCAGGAGUUCCUUGAGGUUCUGAAUGAUGUCUUGACCAACCACCUCCCCAGUAUCUCUAAUGUGAAUUUACUGAGGGCUAUAUAUUCAUUUUGCAUUUUGGGAUACCUUCCCCAGCCUGCAGUUAAUCAGCUACUGCAACAGGAAAUUAUCAACGAUCUGUUAACAUCAGGUGAGCAGAAUAUUGAGCAAAAUAAAAUGAUGCUGCACACGGUGAAUGUCUGCCUGCAGCUUGAUGGCCAUUCUUUGAUUGCACCAACAACAUUACCAGUAGAUAAGCCACCCUCAGGCUCUGCAUUAAUUCAUCCUGAUGUUGAGGAGGUGCUGCUUACACUUUUGGGAGACAGAAGUCUGUUUCAGUCAAACGUCCAGGAGACUCAUGGCUACAACAUAGAUUUUGAAAUUUUAAUGGAUGUAAAUAGGGGAAUAGUAAUUUCAAAUGCUGAAGCAGAGUUGUUACCGGAUGAUUCUAAAAUUCAAAGGGUAGCUGUGCUGUGUGCUCGUCCCUCUGCCCUCUGUGUUGAGUCAAAACAUCCCCGUGGCAAGCUGGCAAUGAAGAUGAGACACCUGCGUCUUCUGGGCUAUCGUGUGAUCCUGAGCAGUAGUCACACCACCGUGUUACAGGAAGAGCAGGUUCAUUACCAGGAAUUCCAAAAGCUGAACAAAGAUGAGGCAAUUGAUUUCUUCAAGGGAGAAAUAUUUUCAGCAGAUGCAUCUUCAGAUUUCAAAUAGAACACCCCAAAUUGCUAUUUGUGUAGGCAGCAAGCCUAUACCCUCUGUCCUGGGAGCAAGACCCACUGAACUUACUUUAGAGUAGACAUGAAUCGGUUGGCUCUGCUAAUCAAUUACUUUGCAUCAUGUUUGUGUUUUAUGAAAAUGACUCUGAAAAAGAUCCUUUAAUUGUCUUUCUUCUUUGGUGGACUUAAAAUUCUGCCUCUCAGCUCACAUGUGCCUUAGAACUGAGGAAGAAUGCACAGUGGCCAGCUGCUUAGCAGAUCACAUCAUGUAUGUAUUUGAAAUAAAAGAAAUCCGUCAAUUGUCUCUGUUUCCAGGAA